UCCCAGGCGGAAGUUCGUGUCCUGGAGCGGAGAUGGAGAAAUACCGCAAGAUGAAGGUGGUGGGUCGCGGGGCCUUCGGUAUUGUCCACCUGUGUCUGCGGAAAGCUGAUCAAAAGCUGGUGAUCCUCAAGCAGAUCCCAGUGGAGCAGAUGACUAAAGAUGAGAGACUGGCUGCUCAGAACGAAUGCCAAGUGUUGAAACUCCUCAACCACCCCAACGUCAUUGAGUACUAUGAAAACUUCCUGGAGGACAAGGCUCUGAUGAUAGCUAUGGAGUACGCACCAGGAGGAACUUUGGCAGAAUACAUCCAGAAGCGUAACUCUUUGUUAGACGAGGACACCAUCAUGCAUUUCUUUGCACAGAUCCUUCUGGCCCUUCAUCAUGUCCACAACAAAUUCAUCCUGCACCGAGACCUGAAAACACAGAAUAUCCUGCUUGAUAAAUACCAGAUGAUCGUGAAGAUCGGUGACUUUGGCAUCUCGAAAAUCCUGAGCAGCAAAAGUAAAGCCUACACCGUGGUGGGAACACCGUGUUACAUCUCCCCCGAGCUGUGUGAGGGGAAACCGUACAAUCAGAAGAGUGAUAUCUGGGCACUGGGCUGCGUUUUGUAUGAGCUCGCCAGUUUGAAAAGAGCUUUCGAAGCUGCUAACCUGCCAGCACUGGUGCUGAAGAUCAUGAGUGGUACGUUUGCGCCCAUAUCUGACCAGUACAGCCCCGAGCUACGGCAGCUCAUUUUAAGCAUUCUGAGCCUUGAUCCAUCCAAGAGGCCCCAACUCAGCGAGAUCACAGCUCAGCCCAUCUGCAUCCGUGCCCUUCUCAACCUUUACACCGAUAUUGGCAGUGUGAAAAUGAGGAGAAUUGAAAAGCCAUUGUCGACAGUAGCAUCUGCAUCAGGCAGGCGGGCGCCAGGACGGGUGAACAGUGCUCGGUCGAGAGGUGGGCUGCUGGCAAACCCCAGUAAAGCUGAAGUACCUCCUCCCCUUUCCAUCGUCUACACGUGGGGGAGUGGAAUUGCCUCUCCUCUCCGGCUCCCAAUGCUGAACACUGAGGUCGUGCAGGUCUCUGCCGGCCGAACGCAGAAGGCCGGAGUGACCCAGUCAGGUCGACUUAUCAUGUGGGAGGCUUUUCCCGGAGGAGCAGGUGAUGUGUCUCUCCCUGGCUGCACGGAGCAGGUCCAGCCACAGUUCAUCUCCAGGUUUCUGGAGGGGCAGUCUGGGGUGGCAAUCAAGCAUGUUUCUUGUGGAGACCUGUUCACAGUGUGUCUUACAGACAGAGGGAUAAUAAUGUCCUUUGGAAACGGUAGCAACGGUUGCCUGGGUCACGGGACCUUUAACGAUGUCACACAGCCGAAAAUCGUGGAGGCGUUGCUGGGCUUUGAGAUCGCCCAGGUUUCAUGUGGAGCGUCACACGUCCUGGCGGCAACCAAUGACCGGGAAGUGUUUGCAUGGGGACGAGGGGACAAUGGUCGGCUAGGUUUGGAAAGUCAGGAAUCACACAGUUCCCCUCAACAAGUAAACAUCCCCCCUGAACAUGAAGCCCAGAGAGUCCUGUGUGGAAUUGACUCGUCAAUGAUUCUCACAACACACAACCACAUCUUGGCCUGUGGGAGUAACAGGUUUAACAAGCUGGCUCUGGAUGACGUGUCUACAGAGGAGGAGACUCAUGGCUCUGGUCAGGUGGAGGAGGUUCACGUCUUCACUCCCGUGCAGUCACAUCCCCUGAGUGAAGGAAACAUAGUGCACGCGGAUGUGGGGACAGCGCACUCUGCUGCAGUCACAGAGACUGGGGAAUGUUACACGUUUGGCAGUAACCAGCAUGGACAACUGGGCUCCAGUACCCGACACAACAAUCGCUUGCCCUACCUGGUCUCUGAGCUCCGUGGGAUAAAGGUCACCAUGAUCGCCUGUGGAGAUGCUUUCACCCUGGCAAUUGGAGCAGAAGGUGAGGUGUACACCUGGGGAAAGGGGGCCAGAGGACGGCUGGGGAGGAAGGAAGACCACACUGGAAUCCCCAAACAAUUACACUUGGAUGAAAACAACCCCUACUUCAUCACAUCCGUCGCAUGUUGCCAUGGAAACACAUUGCUGGCAAUAAAACCUUUGGGCGAUGAGACCAAUGCAAGAUGACCUGAACCGUUCAAUGGGAAGUGCUCAUUCUCCUCUCCAUUGGACGAUGUCCGGUGCUGGAUGCAGCCAGAACAAUGGGCAGCCAGAGGGAGUUAUGUCCUUGCUUUUGCAGCAGAGUCUGGAUAACCUUUUGUGCAAGUAUAGCAGAAUAUAUAGUCUUGUUGGCAUUUGGGAAUAAGCUUCAGCAACAUGUUACCACGUCUUCACAUUCUGUUCUAAUUACAAAAAGCUGUAAUAUAAUUUCCUCAACCUUGA